AUGUCCUCAGCAGAGCAUACCGUGUUCAUCUCGAGCGCGACUGGCUAUCAAGGAUUGGCUCUGUCCAAGAAGCUUCGGGAGAUGGACUGGAACGUGCAUGCAACUACACGUGACUUGAGCUCGCCUGCUGCCGUAACACUGAAGGAAAUCGGCGUCCAGUUGAAGGAGGCCGACUGGGACAAUCUGGACGUCCUGCGUGAGAGCAUCAAAGGAUGUGACAAGCUCUGGCUGUGUCUCUUGCCAGACUGGGACGACCCAACCCGCGAGCGUCGCCAGUGCGCAAACAUGCUCGACAUCGCCAAGGAAGCUGGCGUGAAGCAGGUCAUCGCCUCCACCACGCUCGGCGUCUCACAGCUUGAUGCAAACGUGCGCGUCUAUCCUGGGUCAUUCAUGGAGAAGCACAUGCUCAACAAGAAGGCCGUGGAGACCUCGGUCGAAGAGCGCGGCUUCGAGCACUUUACCUUCCUCCGUCCGACCUUCUUCAUGGCAAACUUCCUCGAGCCCAAAGUGAAGCGCUACGACGAAAUUCGCGACCACCGCAGUUGGACCACAUCUAUGACAGCGGAGACUCAGCUGCCCAUCCUCGACCAUCACGACAUUGCCAGAUUCGCCGUCGUCGCGUUCCAGGAUCCGGCCAAGUUCCAUGGCCGGAAGAUCGGGCUGGCAAGCGACCAGAUGGGUAUUCAGGAGAUGCUCAGUAUGCUGGCGGAAGCGGCUGAUCAGCCGGGCUCGAUCAAAGCUCAUUUCCUGACCGAUGAGGAGAUCGAGGCACAGGCUCAAGGGUCGGGCUUCGCGAACACGCACAAGGUGCUGCGGACUGCUUCGGAUUAUAUCGACUUUGAUGAGCUGAGGGCUAUCGUGCCGUCGUUGACGUCUUUCAAAGAGUUUCUGGAGCGCGAGAAAGAGACGGUGAAACGAACUUUCCCACACAGGAAUGAGUAG